UACUCACCAGCCCCUCUUGAAGGCAGCAUCCCCGGACAGACCCUUGAGCCUGAGAUUAGCGGGAACUCUGUGUUGGGCACAGCUGGUCCACAGUCCAUUGCCUGCCAGGGGCCAAGAGCGGCUCUGACCACCCAAGGACUCUCCCUCCCUCCCAACUCAAGUGCUGACAACUGACCUCUGACUCCUGACCUCUGGCCUCACCUUUCCCACCCUGCUCUUCCUAAGGGGCUGGGAAACCUCUAGAAACUUCGCUGUAGACUUGGGUGUUGACGCCUGGCUCACCCCAGGAGCCAAGGCCGUGCAGGGGGCUCGGCUCUCAGCCCCCAGCUGGGCCACCAUGGCGCGGCGGCUCCAGGACGAGCUGGCCGCCUUCUUCUUUGAGUAUGACACUCCCCGCAUGGUGCUUGUGCGCAACAAGAAGGUGGGCGUCAUCUUCCGCCUGAUCCAGCUCGUGGUUCUGGUCUACGUCAUUGGGUGGGUGUUUGUCUAUGAGAAGGGCUACCAGACCUCGAGUGGCCUCAUCAGCAGCGUGUCUGUGAAACUCAAGGGUCUGGCUGUGACGAAGCUCCCAAGCCUGGGCCCCCAGGUCUGGGAUGUGGCUGACUACGUCUUCCCAGCCCAGGGGGACAACUCCUUUGUGGUCAUGACCAAUUUUAUCGCCACCCCCCGGCAGGCCCAAGGCCACUGUGCAGAGAACCCGGAAGGGGGCACGUGCACGAAUAAUAGUGGCUGCACCCCGGGAAAGGCAGAAAGGAAGGCCCAAGGCAUCCGCACAGGCAAGUGUGUGGCCUUCAACGACAUCGUGCAUACGUGUGAGAUCUUUGGCUGGUGCCCCGUGGAGGUGGAUGACAACAUCCCAUGCCCUGCCCUUCUCCGAGAGGCCGAGAACUUCACUCUCUUCAUCAAGAACAGCAUCAGCUUUCCACGCUUCAAGGUCACCAGGCGCAACCUGGUGGAGGAGGUGGAUGCCGCCUACAUGAAGACCUGCCUCUAUCACAAGACCUUGCACCCACUGUGCCCAGUUUUCAAGCUUGGCUAUAUGGUACAAGAGUCAGGCCAGAAUUUUAGCACCUUGGCCGAGAAGGGCGGGGUGGUAGGCAUCACCAUCGACUGGCACUGUGACCUGGACUGGCAUGUGCGACACUGCAAACCCGUCUAUGAGUUCCACGGGCUGUAUGAAGAGAAAAAACUGUCUCAAGGCUUCAACUUCAGGUUUGCCAGGCACUUCGUGGAGAAUGGGACCAACUACCGGCACCUGUUCAAGGUGUUUGGGAUUCGCUUUGACAUCCUCGUGGACGGCAAGGCUGGCAAGUUUGACAUCAUCCCCACCAUGACCACCAUUGGCUCUGGGAUUGGCAUCUUUGGGGUGGCCACGGUUCUCUGCGAUCUGCUGCUGCUCCACAUCCUGCCCAGGAGGCACUACUACAAGCAGAAGAAGUUCAAGUACGCGGAGGACAUGGGGUCAGGGCCGGGGGCGCACGACCCUGCGGCCACCAGCUCCACCCUGGUUCUGCAGGACAACGUGAAGACAUCCUGACCUCUGUCCCCCCCCCUCCUACUGGACACAGCAGGUACCUCUCACACGUGGAUACCCCACUCUGGUGACAUCGGCCUCCUUGCUGUUCCUCAGACAGUGCAAGCACCGUCUCACCUCACAGCCUUUGCGGUUGCUGUGCCUAAAAUGCCCUCCCCAGAUAUCCACACAGUUCGCUCCCUCACUUCCUUCAGAUUCUGCUCAAAUCCUGCAUCAGAAAGGCCUUUCCUGAUCGCCCUGUAUAAAUAGCACCCCCCAGUGCCUCACUCUUGAUUCCGCUUGACACGAUUGUAUUUCUUCUCCAUAGCAUGUACUGUUUGACAUACCAUCUAUUAAUUCCUGGCUUUCUUGUUUGUUGCUUCUUGCCCCACUAGAAAUUAAA